UGCGGUGUUUAGCAGGUUGUUAGCUGCGGCCGGUGGAGAUGGCCGCGUCAAGCGCGUGGCGCGUGUAGCGUGCAUGGCCGGGCUGAUUGUUUGCAUGCAGCGGAUAGCUAGCUGGAGAAACGUGGGCGUUGCGUUUGCUGUAGGGCUACAAAGCUGCCGUCGUGGGUAUGUGUUUGUACUGAGUUGAGCACCAUGUAGACAUUGCAAAGAGGAAAAAGAUUCGGGCGUUCGUGCGCCCGUGGCGGCGUUCGUGCGCCGACCGGAAAAUCUCGUGUCUUGUGUCUUCUUCUUCCUCUAGCCGAGAGUGAGAGAGGGCUGCGGUUCCAACAAUUGGUAUCAUGAGCUUGGUGUCUUGGGUGCGCUUGCCGUGCCGGAGGCGUGGUCGCGAUGGCGGCGCUCGCCGGCGGCUGCGCGUUGGAGCUCCGGGCCGUGUGUCGGCCCAUGGAGGUGGGCGGCGUUGUGGCUGUCAUGGCGCGUGGCGGAUGCGGCGGGCGGUGACGUCGUACGUGCGGCGACCGCGGAGGCCGCCGAGGCGCUGCGUGGUGGCGCGGCGGCACAACACGGUGUGGCGGCGUGGAGGCACUGCAUGGCGGCAUGGAGGCCGCGGCGGUGCAGGGCAAUAAGACGCGGCGACGAGCCGGGCGCAACCGGUGCGUGUUAUGGGUGCGCACUGGACGCGUCGGGACCGCGGGAGUGGACCCCGUCGAGGCGCUGGACCUGGUUGCGCAGAUCGCGUACGUGCGCGGCGGGAGCGCGGGCCGGGAGCGCGGGGACGUGGGGAGUGCGCGCGAAGGGCGCGACGGUCGCGGAGACGAGGAGGUCGCGAAGGACCUGCGUGAUGGCGUAGAGGUCGCGACGGCUCGGGGCGACAACCGUGGAAGGUGCGUGACACGUAGGCGCGGCGUGGCGGCUGCCAUGGCGGACGCGGAGGCGGCACGCGGUGAGCGUCUGGUGCUGUCGGGCUCGUCGGGCGCGUCGGAUGCGCGCGGGACGUGCGGGACGCACUGGUGUGGCCAGGCUCGUCGGGCGCGUCGGGUGCGCGCGGGACGUGCGGGACGCGGAAGGACGCCAAGCGUGUGUCGCCGGCGGAGAUGGAGCUCGGCGUAUGUCGCCGGGGUCGUGACGGAGCACGGUGUAAACGGCGUCGGUGCGCCAGGUCGGGUCCUUGGCGGUGCGACCGGCGUCGAUGCGCCGGGUCGGGUCCGCGGGCUGGAUCACGGCCGUGACGAUGGCAAUGACAGGAGCUACAACAACUCCGGCGACGGCGAGGUCGUGGCUUAGGGGGAGAAUGUUAGGAAUAAGCCACGCAUGAGUAUGUGCUCGUGGUAUGCGUGGCGUGGUGGUCAGCACGUGAGCUAGCUAGAUGGACAUGCAUGCAUGUAUUAGUUGCGGUGUUUAGCAGGUUGUUAGCUGCGGCCGAUGGAGAUGGCCGCGUCAAGCGCGUGGCGCGUGUAGCGUGCAUGGCCGGGCUGAUUGUUUGCAUGCAGCGGAUAGCUAGCUGGAGAAACGUGGGCGUUGCGUUUGCUGUAGGGCUACAAAGCUGCCGUCGUGGGUAUGUGUUUGUACUGAGUUGAGCACCAUGUAGACAUUGCAAAGAGGAAAAAGAUUCGGGCGUUCGUGCGCCCGUGGCGGCGUUCGUGCGCCGACCGGAAAAUCCCGUGUCUUGUGUCUUCUUCUUCCUCUAGCCGAGAGUGAGAGAGGGCUGCGGUUCCAACAAUUAGUACUUCCACAGAGCAGAAAUGCAGAAUAAUUGUAGCCGGCGUUGUAGGUUCAAGCCGACGUGGAGACCCAAGGGGACUUUGUGCGAACCUUGGUCGCCGAAGUCCGGGAUGCGACCUUCGCGAGCAUCGAGGACGUCGUCGCGUUUGUGACAUGGCUCGACGAAGAGCUCUCCUUCCUGGUGGAUGAACAAGCAGUCCUGAAGCACUUCGACUGGCCGGAGAAAAGAGCAGACACAUUGUGAGACGCCGCUGCCAGGUACCAGGGCCUUCUGCAGCUAGAGAAGCAGAUAUCGUCCUUCGUCGAUGACCGCGCGCUCCACCGCGACGCAGCGCUCGGCAAGAUGUACUCCCUCUUUGAGAAAACAGAGAAGAGCGUCCACAAGUUCCUGCAAGAUAGGGAUGCCGCCGACACGAAGAACAAUCUCAUCUCAAGGUACAAGGAGCAAGACAUCCCAGUUGGCUGGAUGUCAGACGCAGGUUUAAUUGUCAAGGUCAAGUUGGCGUGCGUCAACCUCGCAAACCAGUACAUGACGCGGGUGGUCUCGGAGAUCGAUGGUUUAAGAGGCAUCAACAAAGAUCACACCAGGGAAACAGCACUCUUCAAACGUCUGAAAGAGCAGAACAGUGAAGUGCUGCUCCAUCAGGGUGUCAGGUUCGCGUUCCGGGUUCAUCAGUUUACAGGCGGGUUCACUGCUCAGAGCUUGGGUGCUUUUGAUGAGCUAAAACGACGGCAUAAUGAUGGAACAACUUAACAGCGUGUACAGUGUCACAGUUUUUCGCUUCCAACAUCUCUAAGUAGGGGCUCUUCGAUUCAAAGGAUUGGCAAAAGCAUUUUGGAGGACUCUAACCUUGGGAGUUUUUCCUACGUGUGUUGUUUGAUUCGAAAGAAUACAAUCCAUAUGAAUUUUUCCCCUUAGGAUUCAUUUAUACUAUACCACACGAAAAUUUCACUACAAUCUUUGUGAAUAAUCCUAUAGUUUUCAUGUGCACAAUCAAAUAACUUGAAUUCUUGUCGUACAA